GGUCGAAUACUGAACUACACUCAUCACGUGGGUUAACUUACUGUAUAAUGGCUGCUCUUACGAAAAUUCAUCGUGCUGCUGGUUUUGGAAGUGUUUUACGUAGAAGUGCAACGUUAUUUAUUCGUCCUCGUCUGCAGAAACAAGUCACACUAAAACACCAGUUAUCAGGUCAUGGUCUUCAGUUACGUCUUCUGAGCACACAGACCGAAGGAGCAACAGCGCCAGAGACAGAAUCGGAAUACCAUACUAUCAUAAAAGACAAUGAAACGGGCAAAGGUUCCAGCGACAGUCAUGAGUUCCAGGCGGAGACUCGGAUGCUACUGGAUAUUGUCGCCAAGUCUCUAUACUCCGACAAAGAGGUGUUCGUGCGGGAGCUGAUAUCGAACGCCAGUGACGCCCUGGAGAAGAUGCGUUACUUGACGCUGACUGGCGAAAUCGCUGAAGGACCCGAUGCCCGGUCCUUAGAGAUUCACAUCGCCACGGACAAGCAUAAUAGGACACUUACCAUACAGGAUACAGGAGUCGGGAUGACAAAAGAAGAUCUGAUUGCAAACCUUGGCACCAUCGCCCGGUCCGGUUCCAAGGCUUUCAUGGAGCAACUGAAGAAAAAUACGGGUUCCACUGAAGAUCCGUCAUCCAUCAUCGGACAGUUUGGAGUAGGUUUCUACUCAAGUUUUAUGGUUGCAGACAAGGUUGAGGUGUUCACACAAUCCAGCCUCAAGGACAGUCCGGGCUACAGGUGGAGCUCUGAUGGAUAUAGCAAAUCAUUGCUUUUACUUAAUUUCUUGUUUAAAGGUAUAAUAAAGAAGUACAGCAACUUUGUUGGAAGUCCUAUCUUUCUCAAUGGCAAGCGAGCAAAUACAAUACAGCCCCUUUGGCUAAUGGAUGCCAAAGAUGUGACUCCUUAAAUGCAUAAUGAGUUCUACAGAUUUGUUGGCACAUCAUAUGACAAGCCCCGGUUCAUUCUGCACUACAAGACUGAUGCCCCAUUGACUUUACGAGCGCUACUCUACUUCCCAGAAGGGAAACCAGGUUUAUUUGAAGUAAAUUCUGACGCUGGGGUGGGGGUAGCUCUCUACAGUCGCAGAGUGCUUAUCAAGAACAAGACAGAUAAUAUCCUGCCUAAAUUUCUGCGCUUUGUCAAACGUGUAGUGGACUCAGAAGACAUUCCCUUGAACUUGAGCCGCGAGCUGCUACAAAACAGUGCCCUUAUCAGGAAGUUGCAGACAGUACUAAUGAAUCGAAUUUUGCGUUUUCUUCAUGAUAAGUCCACCAAGGAUGCUGGAGAAUAUGACUUAUUCUACAAGGAUUAUGGCAUAUUCCUCAAGGAGGGAAUUGCGACUGCCUAUAAUCAGCUGGAGAAGGAGGAAAUAGCUAAACUGUUGAGAUUUGAGUCUUCACGAUGUGCAGAGGGAGAGAAAGUGACCCUACCUCAGUACUGCAGUCGGCUUACAGCAGGCCAGAAGGACAUUUUCUACCUUGCUGCUCCGAGGUAUAUUUUGUUGUGUUGUAAUUACAUGGUUUUGUUGUUCAUAAUUACAGAUAUGUGGAAUAUAAUUACUGUCUUAUGGGCAUUUUUUUUCAGGCACCCUAUCAUUAAGAAACUUAGCACUCUGACCACAACUAAUGUAAAGUUGGCGGAGCUGGUUACGAAACAGUUGUUUGCUAAUGCACUGCUGUCAGCUGGACUUGUAGAUGAUCCUCGUACACUUCUGACAAAUAUGAACGAAAUCCUCACUCUCGCCCUUGAAAAGCAUUGACAGUUUUACAAGCACCGAAGUAAUUUACUUACCCAAAUUACCAGUUGUAUAUGGAAGAUGAAGAUAACAUGAAGCUGCUCAAAUUCAGGAUCUGAAGAAUUUGUCUUGUGCUUCUGUGUAUUUUUUACAGUCCUCCAUUUCUGUAUCUCUUUGUUAUAAAAUGAAAAUAUUUGAUUACUGUUUGGAAGGUCAUUCAAUAAUUGGAAUAAACAUAUAAAUGUUUUGGUUUUUAUUGAUUAA